AUGCCGCUCCCUCCUGUCCCUUGCUCGCUGUCGCCCGCGCUCAGGGCAGCCUGUCACCCUUCGCCCACGGGACCUGCCCAAAUUGCCGGAGCGUCCCCAAAACGCCUCCUCAAGGCCCUCCUGCCCUCAUCCAAGAUGGCCGACUGCGCCUCACUCCGCCCGGCGCCCCCUGCCCUGAUCAAAGAUGGCCGCCCUCCGUGGACACCACCCCACCCCCCCGCCGUGAGCUUCUUGACCUUAUCCAAGAUGGCCGCCCCGGCUCCCGGGAUACUGGCUUUUAGAGAUGAUCUUAAACUGCAGCUGGGAGAAAAGCAACAAAUUAAGGCUUAUGGCAAAGAACAAGAAAAGACCACAGAUGUGAAAGCAAUUAAAACUCCAAUACCAGUACAUUCCCCUCAAAGAAGCACUAGAAAUCAUGCCUUGCUGGAGGCUGCAGGACCAAGCCAUGUGGCAAUUAAUGCCAUCUCUGCCAACAUGGACUCUGUUUCUAGCAGUCGGACAGCUGCCCUUAAGAAGCAGCCAAGUCACAUGGAAGCUGCUCAUUUUGGAGACUUAGGCAGAUCGUGUCUGAAUUAUCAGGCUCAAGAGACCAAAUCAAGCCUUUCAAAGACCCUGGAACAAGUUCUGCAGGACAAUGUAGCCCUCCCUUAUUUUAUCCAGUUUAUGGAACUACGUAGAAUGGAACACUUGGUUAAGUUUUGGUUAGAGGCUGAAAGCUUCCACUCCACAACAUGGUCCCGUAUAAGAGCACAUAGCCUGAACACAGUUAAGCAGAGUUCGUUGGCAGAGCCAGUGUCACCCUCGAAACAGCAGGAAAUUGCGUCGUCUUCUCCAACUGGAUUGCUUGAGGAGAGACUGGAGGAUUCUAGCACAGUCUGUCUGCUCAGGACCAAGCCAGUGGCUUCGGACAAGAACGACAGAACUAGCGACAGCCAGAACCACGUGCUCUCGGGUCAGGAGAGUGACAAUACCAGUGUUCUUUGUCUAAGAAAAUCUGAGACAGGGACCCAUUCUGUUCCAGCUGAUCAGCAAGAAUCUUCCAAGCUUACAGUAUCAAAUAGAAACAGCCCCUCCUCUGCACUAAAAGACUUGUCAGGAAAACUAAUGAAAAGUAUAGAACGGGAUGCAGUUAGUACUUUUACCAAAUAUAUUUCUCCAGAUGCUGCUAAACCAAUACCUAUUACAGAAGCAAUGAGAAAUGACAUAGUUGCAAAGAUUUGUGGGGAAGAUGGACAAGUGGAUCCUAACUGUUUUGUUACGGCACAGUCAAUAGUGUUUAAUGCAAUGGAACAAGAGCACUUUAGUGAAUUUUUGAGAAGUCAUCAUUUCUGUAAAUAUCAGAUUGAGGUGCUGACUAGCGGGACUGUUUAUCUGGCUGACAUACUUUUCUGUGAAUCAGCCCUGUUCUAUUUCUCUGAGUACAUGGAGAAGGAAGAUGCAGUUAACGUAUUGCAGUUCUGGUUGGCAGCAGAUAACUUCCAGUCUCAACUUGCUGCCAAAAAAGGCCAGUAUGAUGGGCAAGAAGCACAGAAUGAUGCCAUGAUUUUAUAUGACAAGUACUUCUCCCUUCAAGCCACGCAUCCUCUUGGGUUUGAUGACUCGGUGAGGUUAGAGAUUGAAUCCAACAUCUGCAGGGAAGGUGGUCCUCUCCCUAACUGUUUCACUACUCCCUUACGGCAGGCGUGGACUACCAUGGAGACGGUUUUUUUACCUGGGUUCUUGUCCAGCAACCUUUACUACAAAUACUUGAAUGAUCUCAUCCAUUCAGUACGAGGAGAUGAAUUUCCAGGAGGGAAUAUUGCACUGAGUAUUCAUGGCCUCAGUAGCUCUCCCGAUAGUGAUUCUAUAGGGGGUCCGGAUGGCUCUGCCUCUCAGUCCAAUGUCAAAAAGGCUAAUGUUAAAAUCCUGAAAAAUUUUGAUGAAGCAAUAAUUGUAGAUGCUGCAAGUCUGGAUCCAGAAUCUUUGUAUCAACGAGCAUAUGCAGGGAGGAUGACGUUUGGGCGAGUCAGUGACCUGGGACAGUUUAUCAGAGAAUCUGAACCAGAGCCUGAUGUCAAAAAAUCAAAAGGGUCCAUGUUUUCACAAGCAAUGAAGAAAUGGGUUCAAGGAAACACAGAUGAGGCUCAAGAAGAGAUGGCUUGGAGGAUAGCAAAGAUGAUAGUCAAUGAUGUCAUGCAGCAGGCGCAAUGUGAACAGCCUUUGGAGAAGGUUACGAAGCUAUGAUUUUAGAAACGUCGGAAUGGGAAAUCUGGUUUUUUGCUUCAGGAAUGAGUGAACUUUCCCUUUUGGUGGAUUCUUUAACACAGCCAAUAAAAACAAAGCACUGUUACUCCAACCGCCAAAAUCUCCCUCGUUUAUAAGGAAGAAUUAAAAAGAAGCAAUCCUGUACCUCCACUGUAGAGCGUGAAGAAACACUUUUUCCUGUUGUAUGUGGCAUUCACAAUAAUGAUGGUUUUUAAAGAGAUGAAGACGCAGUAUAUGAAUGUGUCGCUGAGAAACUAUGAUCAACUUCACAACUACUUGACCCUGUCUCAGAAAGACUUUUAAGCAAACUACCUGGAAUGGGACACAAGCCACAACAAAGAGGGGAAGGUUUUGCUGUAGUUUCUAGUUCUACUACUUGUAAUUUUUAAACACAUAAUUGGAAAGGCCAUGGGUGC